CGGAUUUGCCGUCUCGCCAUGUCAAUCCACUCCGAGCAGUACCUCGACAACUCACGACAACCGGCUCGAGAGAAGCGGACAAACCGUGUCGAGCGAAGCUGCGAUCUAUGUCGAAAGCGGAAAGUUCGCUGUGAGGAUGAUUUAAAAGUCGCGAACAAUGCUCACACAGCUGCUGUAGGUGACGGCUUCAACAAGGCGGACAAUAGUUGCACCAACUGCGCGAACACAGGACGCGAAUGCACUUACGAAGAGCCCGCCAGGAAAAGGGGACCCAGAUUCAAGGAGCUCGAGGCUUUGAAGAAACAAGUCGCAACUUUGGAAGCUCAGCUUCGCACGGUGCAAACUGUGUGUUCGCGAUGCUCUCGGCCUCUGCCGAGGUCAGAUGAGGGUACCACCAGCGUCACUUCCGACUCGCCAUUAUCCUCAGAAGAAGAAGAAGACAACGACAAUGACGACGGCCAGGUCGCUCAAAAGCUCGGACGGCUCUCCAUAGACCCAUGCUAUUAUGGCUCAGUUAGCAAUUAUUCCCUCGCGAAUAAAGCCAUCGCAGUCAAAGAGCUUGUUACCGGUCAACAUUCUACACAUCCCCCUCGUAGCUUAAAUCUGGCUCCCUGGGAAACCGCAGCAUACCCACUACAAUGGAUAGACUACGCGUUUCCCGAACCCGACUUGUUAUCGUCUUUAGUAACCCUCUACUUCGAGGAGUUCCAUCCCACUCUGCCUUUUUUACAUCGACCUUCUUUCGAGCGCUUGGUGGACGAUGGACUGCACUUGAAGGAUCAGCAAUUUGCGCAACUCUUGCUGGCUGUGUUAGCAACUGCUUCUUUUUAUUCGAAUGACCCUCGAGUCUUAGUCGAUGACCACCCUCAAUCGUCUGGUUGGAAGUUCUUUUCUCAAAUUCCUUCGGGUGGCGGGUCCGUCGACCCUGUCCUCUACGAGACACAAAGAUACUUGCUAAUGACGUUCUACUCUAUUGCAACCUCAAAGCCUCAAGCGAUUUGGACGCAUCUUGGUCUUGGUAUGCGCUGUCUCUUGCAGCGUGGAGAGCAUGAGCGCAAACGAGAGCAGAGACCCACUCCAGAGCUAGAGCUUUGGAACAGAGUCUUCUGGUCGUAUAUGUGCAUGGAUCGCCUUCUCUGUGGUUCCCUCGGACGACCAGUUGGUAUUCACUCGGAAGAUAUUGAUGCUUCUUUACCUCUCGAAGUCGAUGACCAGUUUUGGGACGACUUUGUCCAACCCCCGACUAUACCCCCAUUGCAUGCGUAUCUAAAAUGCUACUCCGAGUUGUGUGAGAUAUUGGCGAAUACCACUCGUUUAUACGGAGCCAAAAAGUCAAAACCACGCUGGGAAGGCCGAGAAGGAGUGCAGCAGGCUGUUGCCAGGCUCGACUCCUCACUCAACAAGUGCUUUAAUUCAUGUCCAUCUUACCUCCACUGGGAGCCAGAUGGAGCUCUCAACAUCGAUUUAUUUGACUCGAGGACCCUGGCGUUCUUCGACCAGUCCUUCGUCUUAUAUGUGACAUAUCACUGGAAUUCCGUUGCAAUCCAUCGCCCCCACAUCAACAAGCUGAGCUCAUUGGCCGCAGCCUCACUCGCAGCAUGCACUACUGCGGCCCGGGCAAUUAUUCGCGCUGCAGACCGCUGGGUCCGCUUCCGGCAAAGGCUAUUUCCACCUCCGGUCCUCUCGCCACUCUUUGUCGCGGUCGUUGUUCUCGUGAUGGGAACAUUCUCCAACAGAAAUACAAGUCCUGUGAAAGACAAGGCACUCGCAGAGCGCGGAAUGGAUAUGAUCAAGGACUCGGCUACGCGGCGACAGUCGGAGGGGCGCCUCACAAAGAUACUCGAUCAGCUUAGAAUCACUACAGUGGAUUCAUUACCACGGCGAGAUGACUCUUAUAAUGCUCAACACGCGACGAGCGCACCAGAGUCCAGCGCAAAUGCAACAACCCAUAUGUUUCCGACAACGAUACCCCUGCAAUCGCCCGCCCCUGUCUCAUUCAUACCAGCACCCUCCGAUUUGGCCGGUGGCGUAUCCAUCGAGCAGCUAUUAGCCGAGACCGCUGAUUUGUCUUCAUUCGAGAUGCAUUAUGACUAUAUGGACAUUUGGGAGUCAGUGCCAACCGACAUCUCCGACCUCGCACAGUGGAAUAUAUAUUUGCAGCAAGGAUUCCCAUCUACAGCAUAA